UCUCCAUCGCCAGUCCAAAACCCCAAACUGGUUCACACACAGCAACCACCAUCCUCAACCCCCUUCAAAACCCCACGUCCAAUAUUUAUAUGUACAGUAACAUGUAUAUACAGAAAGCAUAGAGAAACCCAAAUCAGAGUUCUUGUAGAAGAAAGAUGAAUUCUUGUUCCCCAAAUUGAUUACCCAAAACGAUGGGACAAAAUGAGGGUAUUGCUGCCAACAUGCAAAAGCAGCCCUUUUUCGAAGUCUCUGCUGACCUUCUUGACUCAUUUCCGGUUAAAUUCCAAUGGUGCGAGCUGCGUAGUGGCUUUUUCAGAUGGCAUUGAGCAAAGAAACAGCAAGUUUGACUUUGAGCAUUUAUUCAAUAAAUGCACUAAAAUUGGUACUACCAAAUGCCUACACUCCCUUCUCAUCGUGUCAGGGAAGGUCCAGAGUAUUUUUAUUGCCACCAGGCUUGUUAAUAUCUAUGCCUAUCUUGGUGAUGUUACAUUGUCUCGAGAAGCUUUUGAUCAAGUACCGAGAAAAGAUGCCUAUACUUGGAAUUCGAUGGUAUCAUCCUAUGUCCGGAACGGCUGUUACCGUGAAGCAGUGAAUUGUGUGAAUGAAAUGUUGUCAACCUCUGAUGUUCAGCCUGAUUUUUAUACUUUUCCACCUGUGCUGAAAGCUUGUCGUACUGUACAUGAUGGAACUAGACUUCAUUGCUGGGUUUUCAAAAUGGGUUUUCAAUGGGAUGUGUUUGUAGCUUCUUCUUUGGUGCAUAUGUACUGCCGUUUUGGCUCUUUUGAUGUCGCACAUAAACUUUUCAAGGACAUGCCAUCCCGUGAUAUGGGUUGUUGGAAUGCUGUGAUUUCUGGGUUUUGUCAAAAUGGGAAUGCUAACGAGGCUUUGAGUGUCCUGGAUGACAUGAGAUUGGAGGGUGUAGAUAUGGAUGCCGUGACUAUUUCCAGUAUUCUUCCAAUUUGUGCACAGAAGCAUGAUAUAUUACGUGGGAUGUUGAUCCAUUUGUAUGUCAUAAAACAUGGAUUAGAGUUUGAUGUGUUUGUUUCCAAUGCCUUCAUUAAUAUUUAUGCCAAAUUGGGUAAAUUGGAAUGCGCUCAGAGGAUCUUUGAUCAGAUGGUAAUAAGAGAUUUGGUGUCGUGGAAUUCAAUAAUUGCUGCAUAUGAGCAAAAUGAUUGCCCACAUGAUGCGCUGAAGUUCUUUUACGAGAUGCUGGGAAAUAAGUUUCAGCCUGAUCUAUUGACACUGGUCAGUUUAGCUUCCAGUAUAGCUCAAACCAGGGACUCAUUGUCUGGCAAAUCCAUUCAUGGAUUCAGUAUUAGAAGGUGUUGGAUAAUGGAAGACGCUGUAAUUGGUAAUGCAGUUGUUGAUAUGUAUGCUAAAAUAGGUGCUCUUGAUUCUGCGCGCAGGGUUUUUGAAGAACUUCCUUGCAAAGAUACAAUUUCAUGGAACACAAUGAUAACAGGUUAUGCUCAAAAUGGUCUCGCAGAUGAGGCCAUUGAAGUGUACCACAUGAUGAAAGAGUGUGAGGACUUUACUCCUUACCAAGGGACAUGGGUUAGCAUUCUACCCGCUUAUGCUCAUAUUGGGGCCUUGAGAGACGGGAUGAGAAUUCAUGGGCAGGUGUUAAAGGUGGGUAUUGACACGGAUGUCUUCCUGGGUACCUGCCUCAUUGAUUUGUAUGGAAAAUGUGGAAGACUGGGGGAUGCAACGUUUAUGUUCUAUGAGGUGCCUAGGGAAAGUCCUGUUCCUUGGAAUGCCAUAAUAUCAUGUCAUGGACUCCAUGGACAUGGCGAGACUUGUAUGCAGCUUUUUAAAGAUAUGUUGGAUGAAGGGGUGAAGCCUGAUCAUGUGACCUUUUUGUCAUUAUUGAGUGCUUGUAGCCAUUCUGGUUUGGUUGAUCAGGGGAAAUGGUGUUUUGAUAUGAUGCAGCACAAGUAUGGGAUGAAACCAACUUUGAAGCACUAUGGGUGCAUGGUGGACAUGUUUGGUAGGGCCGGUCAAUUGGAUGUGGCUUAUAAUUUCAUUGAGCGUAUGCCAUUGAGACCUGAUGCUUCUGUAUGGGGAGCUCUUCUUGGUGCUUGUAGAACCCAUGGAAAUGUUGAGUUGGGUAAAAAGGCCUCUGAUCGGUUGUUUGAAGUUGAUUCAGAAAAUGUUGGAUACUAUGUUUUGAUGUCAAAUCUUUAUGCAAAUUUUGGGAGAUGGGAGAGGGUGGAUGAAGUGAGAUCACUAGCUAGGGACAGGGGGCUGAGGAAAACUCCUGGUUGGAGCUCGAUAGACCUACACAAUAGAAUAGAAGUCUUUUAUACAGGCAAUCAAACACAUCCGCAGCAUAAAGAAAUAUACAAGGAGUUGGCAAUUUUAAAUGCCAAAAUGAAGAGCCUUGGUUACACUCCGGAUUAUAACUUUGUAUUGCAGGAUGUCGAGGAUGACGAAAAAGAGAAUAUCCUGACAAGUCACAGUGAGAGAUUGGCUAUUAUGUAUGGAAUUUUGAAUACUCCUCCUAGAAUGCCCCUUCGAAUAUAUAAGAAUUUGCGAGUAUGCGGUGAUUGCCACAAUGUGACAAAAUUCAUUUCAAAGAUUAUGGAGAGAGAGAUCAUUGUGCGAGAUUCUAACCGCUUUCAUCAUUUCAAAGAUGGAAUUUGCUCCUGUGGGGAUUAUUGGUGACUCAUAGACUGCCAUUUCUUGAUUGAGAAAAGCAAUGGUCCGUGGUGAUGCCAUUUCCUUCUGGUGCUGCGAAGAAAGAUAGCAGCAGCGGCAGCGGUGGCGGCGUUAGCAAUGGUGGUGGCAACAGAAACAACAAACUCAUAGCAAAGAUCCGCAGGGACUGAACUUAAGAGAUGGAUGUUUUGCGGCUGUCAAGGUUAUGGGUAAUAUGUAUCCCAGUAAAGUAAUGCUUGUUCCAAUCGAGGAGAUGACUGAUGGUCUUCACUUGAGAGCAAAGCUAUUGAUGUUUCCAGAGAUACUUGAGUUAGAAUGAAGAUUGGAACUUAUAAAGAGGAUAUUGCAAAGGUUGUGGAUGUUGAUAGUUUGUGACAGAGAGUUACCUUGAAAUUAAUUCCAAGGAUUCACUUGCAAGGCUGGCUAACAAAUUGGUGACAUUGUACACUAAUGUUGAGGGCAAUGGCUGUUUGGGGGUUAGGCAUCUCACCUGCAUCUGGCUUUUGAAGUUACUUUUGAGAAAUUAUGGGUUCUUGUAAAUGGUGACUCCUCAAAGCCCUUUCCCUACUCAUAUUAAUCAUUAUGGACUCUCAGUUACUAUAGAUACAACAAAAAUCCUUACUGGUAUUGGAGAAAUUUUACUAUGCUUCAUAUUUCAUGACAAGAUGAAUUUAGUUCGCAUGUAAUUCACCACAUCACUUGUAUUUGCUAUGGUGGGAUUCAUGAAAAUGAUGUUGGUCGAGGUGAUGGUGCGGCUGAGGCUGGAGGGUCAAAGCCAUGUUUCGUGAUGGCUGGAGCUGUCUAUUUUGUGUUUGUUUUCUCGUUCUUCUUUUCUUUUAUUUUGAUGGAAAUUUUAUUAAUAAUGUAUGCCUCGAACUGUUUUUUUUUUUUAAAAGUUUCUUAUGAGGAACCAUUUAUUAGAAGCAAGUUUAGUUGUGUGUUAAUUUUUGGUACUUAAUGGUGCCUUUUUUCUUUUGUCCCCUAAUGACAAAACCAUUAAGUUUUGGAAAGUGAGAUAACCAAUUUCAUUUUUAUUUAAUCAUUGUUAAUGGCAAUAAAGAGAAAGAUGUAUAACUUAAGUGUUCCAAGUUCAUUCUACGAGUAUUUAAUCCUUAGAUGCAUCCAAGUCGACCGAGCCCAACCGGGUUCCGUCACUCUCUUUCGAAGUGCCCCAUCACCUUACUGUAAGACAGUAAAUCCCCACAUAUUGUGUUUGACUUGAUUGUAUUUUAAUUUGCAAAAUGAAAAGGGGGGUAAAGUUUAUUGAAACUUGAUUUGAUUUGCUGAAUAGGAAUGGAAGUUAGACGAUUAAAUAAAAAAUACUUAUUCUGUAAGUUUUUUACUCGAAAGCCAAUUUGGUUAUGAAAAAUAGGACUGGAAACUGAGCUGCUGAAACAAAAAUAAUGAUUAUAGGCAAUGUUUAUUGAAAUUUGAUUUGAUUUACCGUAUAGGAAUGGAGCUUAGCUAAUGAAGUAAAAACACUGAUUUUGUAUAGUUUUUCAUUUUUCGAAAUUUGAUAUGAUCAUGCAGAACAGGACUGGGAAUUUAGCUGAUGAAAUAAAUGUUGGAAAUUGGUUUUAAUAAACAUUGAUUUUGUAUCAACUUCGACCAUGUAUUUGGACAGGUUCCAAUAGUUAAUUUGCGCUUAUGAAUAAAUUAACUUGUAUUAUUCAUUGAGUAGAUGAUCGUGGUAUAUUUGGAAUCACAAAACCUAUUCUGGAUGAAUGAGAUAUUGAUGUUUAAAGUCAAGUAAAAAUGGAAAAAUAGGCCAUAUAAAACGACCGCUCGAGCGGCUAGCUCGCACGGCCAAGUCUUUGGAAUUUUCGCUCAAGCGGUGAGGUAGGCGGUUAGCAUGCAAUCUGAAAGGCUGUCUCUUUAUGAAACAUGUUGCAUUUUGGGGUGUCUCUUCGAUCACAACUCCUCAACCUCUAUAGGUUAUGGUCAAAAUUCAUUCCAUAUCAUAUGCUUUGAUUCCAUUGCAUCAACAUACUCCAAAAUUCUUGGUCUUCUUGCAUUGAAAAUCAUUCAAAGUAGAGAGUAAAAACCAUAUCGAGUUCAUUGAUAACUUGAACUUUGAAGUGCUGCUACUGUAAGGAGAAACCACUAUAUCUUGGGAGACGAUUGUCAAGACUCCAUAAGCACCUUGCCUGGGCAAAUUCAUCUUAUAGACAUAGUGUUAAAAACUGACCUUGAUUUACAAUACCAUUGUUCUAUUCGUCAUUUUCUACAUCUUGUUUGUAAGUUCAAGUAAGUUCUACUUUAUUUUGUUUUGUUUAGGUUAUUCAACUUACAAUAUGCAAUUCACACACAUAUGCACCAACAAUAAAAACACAGAUUCUAAUUUCUAGGCAGUGCUUUUCAAAAUCUGAUAUGAUUUUGCAGAAUAGAAUUGGGAAGUGGAUGAAUGAUUGAAAUGGGAUUAUUGAUUUUAUGUAAUGUUUAUAGAAAUUUGAUUGAUUCUGCAAAAUAAGGAUGGAAAGUUAGUUCUGGGCGCUAUUGCCAUUUUGGUUGAUGAAUUAAGAGCUGCAGCGAUCCACGUUGUAGGGUGACCUAUGGAUGUUUCAGUGGACGUGUCAAUAAAUUACCUUUCUGUAGAAAUCCUAAAAGAUUGUAAUUUAUUUUAUUUACUAUAGUUAGUAGCCUGUAAAUAGGUAAUUUACUCUCUCCCAAUUUAGGAGAUUUCUUUCCUUCUUUUUUCCGCACGGUUGUAUCAUAAAUUGGAUGGAAAGUUAUUUGAAGAAUAAGAUAUACAGAAAAUAAUUUUUUACUGUCAGCUUUCGUGGUAUCAGAGCCAGCCCAAACUUAAAGACAGAAGUCCCCGUCAACAGUCUAGGCUCCAUGACUUCUGAAUCCUCACAGAACGAGGCAGAAGUUAAUUCCAUGAUGGCCUCGACCGGUGUAGAUAAUGCUUCCUUUCAAUUCACAGUGGAGAAAUUGAAUGGGAAAAACUUUAGGAAAUGGGCUAAAUCAAUAAAAUUGGUAAUCGAUGGCAAAGGAGAACUAGGUUACCUGACAGGCGAAACAAAAAGACCGACUGGUGCAGUUCUAUUGCAAAAAUGGAAAUUCGAAAAUUCCAUGGUUACAGCGUGGCUGGUCAAUUCCAUGGUGCUGUCAAUUGGGAAAACGUAUCUUUUCCUACCGACUACGAAGGACGUGUAGGACGCUGUCAAAGAGAUGUAUUCAGCCUCCGAAAAUUCAUCUCAAAUUUUUGAAAUAAGAACCCGACUAUGGUAGACUGAACAGGGAGGAAGAAACGUCACUGAUUAUUACUUAGAGAUGAUGUCCAACUGGCAAGAACUGGACCUCAGUAGCGAAGAAGAUUGGGAAUGCUCCGGUGACAGUGUUAAGUACAAAAAAAGGCUUGAAAACGAACGUGUGUAUGAGUUUCUCGCUGGUUUCAAUCGCAAGCUUGACGAUGUUAGAGGCCGAAUCCUAAGUUGGCGACCACUUCCCACAUCGCGAGAGGUAUUUGCGAAGGUGAGAAGGGAGGAGAACCGUCGACAUGUAAUGAUGAAGAUGGAGACGAUCGGGGCAGUUGGCGAAGCGGAGAUGUCGGCUCUUCUAUCUUCAGGCUCUGGGUCAACUGGGAAUAAAAUUGGGCCACCAAAUUUUAGGCCAAAUUCUUCUUAUAUGACUGGAAUCGGGUUGGGGAAGAAAGAAUGCGCCUAAUAUUUCUAAUUUUGGGCCUAAAGUUGGACUUACUAAUUUUGGAAAUAGUGGGCUUUCAAAAUUUGGGCCCAGCGAACUUGGGAACGAAAUGGCAGCUUUGUUAAAAGAAGUUACAAAUGGGUCGGCCCAAAAGAAAAAAGGGCGAUUGUGGUGCGACCCCUGUCGAAAAUCUGGACACAAAGAAGACACUUGUUGGGAUAUACAUGGGAAGCCCAAAGAUUGGAAACCGAGACAAAAUACUAAAAAUCGUGGCUAUCAAGUCUCGGCCGAAUAGGCGGGAACCUCCAAAGAAACAGAAGGUGGUGCAUUCAACAGUGAACAAUUGGAACAACUCUAUCACAUCUUCUCCAACCAUCAAACAUCGAGUCGAUCUUCCCCACACAGUCCUUCAAGUUCAUUAGCCCACAAAGGUAGUUUUCUGAAAGCCUUAAAUAUCUCCUCAAAAUAUAACUCCUUGGAUCAUUAACUCAGGUGCUUCCGAUCACAUGACGAAUUCUUAUUAUCUUUUCUCCUCAUACUCACCAUGUGCUGGCAAUAUCAAAGUUACGAUCGCGGACGGUCCAAUCUCAUCUGUUGCUUGAAAAGGGAGUAUACGUAACUCUGAAUUCAUAACCCUAAAUCUGUCUUUCAUGUCCCAAACUUGUCAUGUAAUCUAUUAUCUGUUAGUCAAUUAAUUAAAGAUUCAAAUUGUUUUGCUAUAUUUUUUCAAUCCCAUUGUGUCUUUCAGGACUUAUCAUCGGGGAAGACGAUUGACAAUGUUAAAGAAUAUGAGGGACUUUAUUACUUUGGAGAGGCUGAUGGGGGAUUGAAGAUGGUGAGGAUCCAAGAUCUACUGCAAUUAGAGAAUUGAGAGAGGAAACUGGAGUGGUGUUUGCUGAAUAAUUGCUGAGGUUGUCCAAUAUGAUAGUUUAUGAAAUCACCACUUGUGCUCUCCAAAAUAUUUUAUAUGUAAACAUAGACCUAUUAUGACAAUUUUUUCAUUCUUUAUAGACUGUGCCAAUCCCCCAGGGUUGGGGCCUUGUGGACAGGUUAGGAUAAGCACUGGAAAGAUGAUUCAAAGAUGCUUCUUGAUUCUAUUGUUUCUCCUGCCCUUGACUUCUAUUUCUAGAGUUUUACUGAACUUUUCUACAUUACAUCGGAACUAUGAUGAGUAGAGAAAGUUAUAUCGUGAUAUAAAUAGCUCAGCAGUUGCCUGAGGAGAAAAAUAGUAUCACAAGAACUUCAAAAGAUUGCCAAAAUUUCAGAAUCCUGGGCGAUGUGUUAACUGGAUGCUGAUAGAAAUUUACAUAAUCUCUAUAAAUUAUACAAAAGAUGAAAAGGGAAAUCAACUUAGCAAAUGCCGCAACAGACCCAGAAUUCUCAGAAUGGAAAUGGGCAACCCUUGAAGAAGACUUUGAGCAGGCAGUGGACUACAAAAGGCCGAUACACGAGAAAUUUAAGAGAACCUUUCGACCUUACUUGGUUGGCGCUACUAAAUGCUAAUCAACAAAAUGAUGAAAUAUAAUCCAUGUAGAACUCUCUGUAAAGGCAAUGAUACUCUGGAUUUGUAGGUCAGGUAUCAACGAGGGAAGCUGCUGGCAUUGUGGUCAAUAUGAUACGCGACAAGUAGUACUUUUUAACCACGUAUUUUGCACGUCAGUUUUUGAGGAUACUUCUGAAGUAUAUCAUUGAACACCAGGAUCUUAUAUGAGAGUAAGGACUCCUAACUACACAUAGAUAAAGUCUUGAAGAAUCAAAAAAGAUUGUUUGUUCUGUUUUUGUUUUACACCUUGCAGUGAACUCACAAUUUUAGAGUGAAAAAGAAUAAAAGUGUUGGCAGAAGGAAGCUUUUCGUGAGUUUGAUUGUAUUGAAGCAUGUUCACGAGGAAGAAAGACUUGAAUUUCUUUUAAAUGAAUGACAUGGCUGAUUUAAACCUUGA